AUGGAUCAAAUUGAGGUAACUCAUGAUCUCUUUCAACAAACAUUGAGUCAGCAAAUGGCUGAACCACAGCAACAAGCAUUAUUCAAAAAAAUUGAUGAAUGGGAAAACGAAUCGAUCACUAAGAUAAAAACGAUGGCAGAAGAAAGUAGAAGCAUAUUACUUCAACAUACAAGUGGACAUUUGACAGAAGUUAAGCUGAAAAUAGAAAGGUUGACCAACGAACUACGUCAAGGAAAACAAAGUAAUGAUUUUACCGAGAUUGAUCUUCGUGAAUGGGAAGAUAAAUUAAAAAAGUUGCAAGAAGAGCUUACUCACCCAAAUGGUUUUUCAGUUCGAUUAGAUUCUGAAAUGCUCGUCGCCAAAGUUCGUGUUGAUGUACCAGACAGUUCAGAAACCUUUGAACGUACUUUUGGCAAUACUACGUUCGAAGAGGGUUCCAAAAUAGUCAUAAAGGAUUCCACCUCGAGUCAUACAGAAGUACGUGGUAAGAAUGAAUAUACAACUGGACAGCGAACAUUACGCUUUAAAGUUGAACAGUUAGGUGGAAAUGGAUGGAUUGCAUUUGGUAUCAUGUCUCAGACAACUGCUUUGCAACAAGAUUCUUACAGGUCACAGACCAGUUAUGGUUGGUCGAAUCGCGAACAAGUCUAUACAGCUGGAUCCCAUGCCAGUGGGCAGGGCAGUGAGGUGAUUGAGAAUGAUACAGUUAGUCUCCUGAUUGAUUGUGAACAUCAGCUUAUUCAACUAACAAACGAACGAACGAAUCGAACGAUAAAGCAAGCUGUAGACAUUAGUAAAUGUCCAUUUCCAUGGCAAUUACAUAUUAACCUUCAUCAAGCACUAACACGCGUUCGAAUUAUUUCAUGA